CAUCUGGUCCUGCUGCAGCCUUCCUCUGGCAGCUUCGGGGCAGUUGAAUAUCAUCUAGCAAGACCGGAUAAUGAUUCUUGCUUCCCACCUAAGUUGAAUAAGCACCUCGUGCACUUUAAUCUCCUGUCGUGCCAUCAGGCUGACUGAAGACAGUGUUUUGAAAUCUCAGCUAUAAAGACAUCCCGCCAAAGUCUCAAUCUUGCCUUAACGAUGUUUCAGAGACUGAAUAAAAUGUUUGUGGGUGAAGUCAAUACUUCUUCCAAUCAAGAACCAGAAUUUAGUGAGAAAGAAGAUGAUGAAUGGAUUCUUGUUGACUUCAUAGACACUUGCACUGGUUUCUCAGCAGCAGAAGAUGAAGAAGAAGACAUCAGUGAAGAGUCACCUACUGAGCACCCUUCAGUCUUUUCCUGUUUACCUGCAUCUCUUGAGUGCUUGGCUGAUACAAGCGAUUCCUGCUUCCUCCAAUUUGAGUCCUGUCCGAUGGAGGAGAGCUGGUUUAUCACCCCUCCCCCAUGUUUUACUGCAGGUGGAUUAACCACUCUCAAGGUGGAAACCAGUCCUAUGGAAAACCUUCUCAUCGAACAUCCCAGCAUGUCUGUCUAUGCUGUGCAUAACUCCUGCCCUGCUGUCAGUGAGGCCAGCUGUGGGGCUGAUGAAUUUCAUAACCCAAGUAGCCCCAGAGUGGAAGCUCAGGAUGAGAUGGGGCAGCACAUUCACUGCUAUGUUGCAGCUCUUGCUGCUCAUACAGCUUUUCUGGAACAACCCAAGAGCUUUCGCCCUUCCCAGUGGAUAAAAGAACAUAGUGAGAGACAGUCUUUAAACAGAAAUAGCCUUCGUCGCCAAAAUCUUACCAGGGACUGCCACUCUAAGCAAGUCAAGCACAGUGGCUGGGCCGUCCAUCAGCCCUGCCCACGUCAGUACAAUUACUAA